AAAACAAGCACAUACGGCCAUAGUCAGCUGAAAACUGGGCAUCCCGUCCGCUCUGCCAUACAUAAGCAGUUGAACGGCAGAUUAGUACUACGGUGGGUGACCACGUGGGAAUCCCUGCUGCUGUAUGUUUUGCAUUUUCAUUUUGUUCUCGACGGAUCUCUUCUUGUGCUGUGUCUUUCGGUUGUUAGGCCCUUAGUUGCGCUGUGUGAUGGUGUUGUGACGCCGAGCUUUUGGUAUGACUGGGCUGUGAAUCUCGCAUCUCACAUCACGUCCGAUGAGCGAAGAGCGUCUGACCUUGCUCCUGCCGAAACUCUCAAGUACUUCUAUCUGGCCUUGAGCGAGACCCGUCUAGUCAGUCUGGGCGAGUCAGUAAUCGAUACUAAGGCACGUCCGUUCGCGCCAUCACGGUGCACUUUUAUGUGA